AUGUCUGAAGCUGGGAGUUAUGCCUUUGUCACUGGAGGUGCAAGCGGGAUCGGUCGCGCAUUAACCAUUGCGCUUGUCAAAGAAGGAUGUCAGGUCUUUAUUGCGGAUCGUGAUAUUCACAGUGCCAUCGACUUCGCGGCCGAACUGAACGAAACCGCUCAAGUAGCCUGGACGGCACAGGUGGACGUGACGAAUUGGGAUGAGCAGGUAUCUGCCUUUGAAAAGGCCGUCGACACAUUCGGCCGUAUCGAUUACGUGUUCCCCAUCGCGGGACUUUCGGAGAGGAGAAGUUUCCCAAACAGAGGGAAGGAUCUCAAGGGCUUUGAAAAGCCAGACUUGUCGGUCAUCGACGUCAACUUGACAGGUGUGCUGUACACGGUCAGUCUGGCGUUGCAGCAAUUUCGACGGCAGGAUGUGAACAAGUUUGGAUUCAAGGGGAAAAUUUGUCCCGCGGUGGUGCGCACCGCCAUGACGAACGCUUUCUCCGACAGGCUGGAAGGUUUGGGGCUGUUGACGCCAAUGUCGAGUGUGGUCGAGGCAUUCCAGUCAAUGUUGGGCAGCAACGAUGUCAGUGGGGAGUGUUUCGAGGCUGGACCCAAGGGGUACAAGAUCAAGAGUCCCUCGGACUACUCGGACGACGAUAUGAGGCGGACAAUGUUGAUGAUUUCCGAGAAAAGUGUUUCGCUCCACGAGCCGAUCAAGGAGUGA